AAACACACCCCUCAUCAAAUGUCCAACGUGUCCUGAUGUCUUUGAUACAUACACAACUCUCCAGAGACACAUUUUAAUUUCCGGUUGUGGCCGAACAUUGCCGAUGACUGACGAAGUGUACCAUGCACGGGACACUGAAUGCGAUAAAAUCGAAAACGAGGCCAAAAGAGAGCCAAUCAACAAGUGCCAUCUCUGCAGUGAGACUUUCGACUGGAGAUCUGAUUUGGUACGACAUCAGGCUCUCAUUCAUAGCCAGCAGUUUGCCCUACAACUGGAAUGUACAACCAACAGCAACAGCAGCAGCAACAACAUCGGGAGAUCACCGAAAAAUACUUCAAACAUGACAAUGUCUCCAACUUCACGUUCCCCUUCCUCAUCAGCAUCCCCUCCUUCCCAACUAUUGUCAAUAGUACCCUGUCAACAGUCGCCCAUAACGUCUAUGACUACAACAACACCAACAGCAACAACACCAACACCAGUCUCCCUCGCCACCACAUCUCCCUCACCACCACUGUCGUCGCCGCCGUCGUCCUUAUCCCCUUCCUCUUCAGCACCAUCUCCGUCAUCUUCGUCACCGCCACCUUCACUAACUUCAUCAUCGCCGUUAUCUGCAAUGUCGACGAUGGCGACAAGGACGGCGAUGACAUCGACGACAAGAGCAACAUCACCAUCAGCCAGCACAACACCCGAAAUGACAAUGUUUCACAACAGCAGCAGCAACAACAACAGCAGCAGCAGCAGCAGCAGCAGCAGCAGCAACCAUCACCAAAUUAACAGAUUCAAAGUUAGUUCAGCCAAUACCAAAGACGAAUUCCUUAGCAAAUAUUCUCCCGUUGAUAGCAAAAUGUUGUUUGGCACCAACACUAACAACACCAAUAGCAACGGCGAAGAUGCUAAUGAAAAUAGCAGCAACGAUGCUAAUGAUAAUGGCACUAACAGUAAAAGUAACGAUAGAAUUAAUAACAGUGAUAAUGUCGAUCCUCCGUCGAUCGUUAGCAACCGAAUGCUAUUUCCCGAUAGUGUAAAUAGCAACAGCGAUAGCGACGGAGGUGGUGGGGAUGGUGAAGGAGAAGGAGGAGGAGGAGAAAAUGGAGAUGGAGGAGGCAACAGCAACAGUAUUAGUGCAGGUUCACCACCAAACACCGUUAGCAACACCGAGAGUAAAGUGAUGAUCGGUAGCAACUGCAGUAACAGCAGUAGUAAUAGCAAUUGCAGUAAUAGUAACUCUGGUAGAAAUAGCAAUGGCGACGGUAGCAAUGCCAGUGCUGCCGUUUCCACCGCCAACAGCAGCAGUAGCAACAAGAAGAACAAUAGCAACAACGGCAGCAGCAGCAGCAGCAGCAAUAGCAACAAGAAUACUGCCAUUAACACUAUAAGUGCGGCGAACGCUGCAUUGAACCUUGGCAACAGGUUCCCUUGCGAAAACUGCGAUAAGGUUUUCACUGACCCCAGUAACCUGCAGCGUCACAUCCGUUCGCAGCAUGUAGGUGCCAGGUCUCACGCGUGUCCCGAGUGCGGAAAGACGUUCGCAACAUCGAGCGGUUUGAAGCAACACCAGCACAUUCACAGCAGCGUGAAACCAUUCCGUUGCGAAGUCUGCCUAAAGGCGUAUACACAGUUUUCUAAUUUAUGCAGACACAAGCGGAUGCAUGCUGAUUGCAGACAACAGAUCAAAUGCAAAGACUGCCAACAGGUUUUUUCAACUGUAACGUCUCUCGGAAAACACAAGAGAUUCUGCGAUGGGGCCUUUCGCUCAAGUAGUGCUGCUGCAGUAGCUGCAGCUGCAGUCGCAGCUGAUCACCAUCUGCGCAUGCGUCUCUGCUACACUCCCGACAAGCUUGUCCCGGCUGGACUAGGAGCCUUACAGCAAAAUACUCCGCUGACCACUGCUGCAGCCGCAGCGGCUGUUUCAGCUUAUAUGUACGGACAACCUCGACUUUCUUACUUUCGUCCUUUAAUUACUCAACCUCAGUUUGGAUCUAUUCUUCCUCAGCCAUUAGCCGCUGCAAUGGCGACAUCUAGUUUGGCUGGAACCUCAACAACAAAUCAUAGUGGCAUCAAUUCCUGUUCUCUUCCUUUGUCUAGUUCUGCUUUGGACACUGACUGCUUUCGAUCUCCGGCGGGAGCCAUCCCCCCAACCCCUGCACCAGCACAUGCUCAUCAACAUAUACCUCUUCCACCAAUGCAUCCCGCUACAUCCAUUGUUUCGCAUGCACCUCUGUCGUUAUCCUUACCAAAACCACAACAGACUCAACAUCAACGACUGCAGAGCGAAUCAGAAAUAAGUGGUCUCAACUUGCAUUCUCCCGAUUUUAUGACUGGUUAUAAUUUGACAACAUCUGCGGCUAAUCUCAGCAAUAUGAACAGCAGCAGCAACAACAAUAAUAUUAAUGAUAACAAAGCUAACUCAGAUAUCAGUCAUAUUGACAGACACUCAAGUGGCAUGUUGAUAAAGGAUCAGCUAGAUUACGAAAGUCGAAGUCAGAAGAAGCGGAAAUGGAGAAAACGGAAUAGAAAAAUAAGACAUAAACGACCUGACGAAUGGCUGAAUUCUGGGCAUAAUAAUUUGAUAGAAAAAUCAGAUAUUGACCUUUGGCAGGAAGAACAAGGGUUGAACCUAGAUGAUGACGAUGACAAUGUGGAUAGUUGUUAUAAAAGAGACAUCUACAAAUGGCGUCGAAUUGAUGUCGAGACCCAGAAUAAAAUGUGGCCUGAAAAUCAAGAGUUUGAUGAGAAAAAGCAUAUUGACUGGAAAUUGGAGAGAUAUGAUGAGGUAGAUCAGGAAAGAGACGAAAGAAAGAGCGGAAGAGAGAAACUGGAAAAUGACGAUGAAUUGGAACCAAUGGAGAAUGAAGACACAGAAAACAUUGGCCACGAUGUAUUGGAUAGCAAACGAUGGUCUUUUGAUAAUGCUUUUAAUGCUACAGACGAUAAAGAGAACGAACAAAGCGAAACGUCAUAUGACAGAGAUGCCGUGCUAAUGCUUCAGCAUCAGAAAAAGUAUAUGGCGGGUGAUAAUAACAAUAACACCAUAGACGAUAACAACAGUAAUAGACUGAAAAACAAAGACAGUAACGGUAAGAACACUAAUGAGGAAGAUUUAAGAACGCUCAGUUCAGAAAAUUCGCGUUUAAAAUCUGGAACUGUCAUUGACAAUGAACUUGGUCAAGUUAAAGAUAAACAUGAUGUACAUCUAACACGGAUGUCUGGCGAAAAUCCGCUCAGUGGGGGUAAUAAUAACAACAAUAGAAGCAACAUGAUCAACAACAAUAGCAACACUAACGACAACAGAAGCAGUACUUUAAAUUCUACCGGAUGUAAAAGUCCUGCCGCUGUGUCAUCUUUUUCUUGCUCGUCGCCGUCGUCUGCUUCAUCCAAUUAUUCAGAAACAACUUCUGGUGGUGACGACAAUGAUGAUGAAGCAAAUAUAGAUAGCAACGUUCUUCGUAAGAGGACAGACGACAACAAUGACAAUUCAGAGACAAGAAAGAAGAAGAAGAAAGAAAGGAAAGCCAGAAAGAGGCAGAGAAUGGGAAUAGAGAAACAGGAGGAAAGAACAGAAGUUGUAGUUGUUGGAGAAAAUGAAGGCGAAAUUGAAGAUGGAGAUAACAGUGAAGAAGAUACUGGCGCAGAAGAAUUUAAAAAGGAAGAAAGAAAUUGCCCAAAAAAUUCUAACUCUGAUUCUACAAUGUUACUAGAAAAAGAUGACAGCAGACGACAACUGAGAAAUGACUACGUAGAUGCUAAAGAUCUCAGUAUGACCGGACCUACAUCGAGACGAAAGCGAGGUCGCCAUAGUAGCUACGGUAACAAUAAUUUUAAUAACAGCAACAUAAAUAAUCUUCCUUAUUACCAAUAUCGAAACCAACCCCAGUUUGGGAAUGCUUUCACAGCAACUGCAUUAGCAGAGGCAGCCAUGUUCUUAGACGGUGCCCUGAACCUCCGCACGAGAAACUCUGAAGAACUACAAAGCCAUCAACUGUCUAAGAAGAAAAGAAAUCCAGAUAAUGAUAAUAAUAACGAUGAUGCUAGAAACGAAAAUGACAACAACUUAUUAGAAGCUGUUUUCAAUCCAUCUUCACUACCAAGUCUUGUAUCGAUGGCUAAGCGUGGAUUAAUAGCUUCUAGUGUCGGAAGUGGAAGUCAUAAGAGCCGGAAACGACAUCUGCAACCAGGAGUGAACAACAAUAACAGUGAUAAUGAAAUUUCUAAUCUACAACAGCAGAAACAUCAGCGAUACUUACAAGAGCAUCAGCAGCAAAUUUAUGGCUUUUUAAAACAGGAAACAGAAAACCCUGACUCAUUUCCAUUCCAGAAUUCUCCUACUAAACACCAACAAUUUGAUCAUCAACAAGAAUCAGAACAUCAAAUAGCCCCAUUUGAUUUGUCUAAAUCUAGCAUAGAACAGCGACAACAACAACAACAAAGAUUGCAGUCACAGCAACGCCGUGUAAGAUUCAAAUCCAGAUUGAAAACAAAUUUCCAGUCAGGGUUAACCGCGAGCGAACGGGUGGCAGCAGCCAUGUCUGCUUACAUUGCUGAAGACGGAAAGCAUGAUGAUGAAGAAGAAGAAGAAUUUGAAGAAGACAUGUUCGACGAAGAUAGUUUUGAGUAUGGAAACUUACAUGAUGUUGACGAAAUUAAGAGUCGCAACAUGGAAGAAAAUCGACAGUUUGGACUGCUUCUUAAUGACAAACAUUUCAUCAACAGAGACUACAAUUAUUGUUAUCGAGACUUUUAUAACAAUCACUAUUACAAUGACAGCAUAAGGGAGGAAGAUGAUGAAGAAGAAGAAGAUAAGGUUGAAGAAAGAAAAAAUAACGAACGACGUGGGAAGCUGAAGGAUAAUUCUAUCGGCAAUAAUUUCCAUGAAACCCAUAAUAAUCUGGAUGUGAAAGAUGAAAUAAAAAGCAUAUUAGAUGCCCCGCUUGAUUUAUCUACAAAUUCUAAGCAUACAGUGGAUAAUAUCUUAAACAAAAACACCGACGAGGCAUUCAUUGCUAAUUGUUACCCAUCUCGAAAAACUCACGUAUAUGGAUCAGGUCUUUUGGCCUCAUCUAAACUGACGAAAAGCGGGGAGAAGGGAGGCGGUAAUGAAGGCUCAGAAUUAGAUUCCAAAACCAUGACUGCUGCACUUAAACUAUCAGAGUCUGGAUCUGAGCUGCACUAUGCCUACCCCUUUGCAGGAUCUUAUAUGUUAGAUCCCUAUUACUCUACGAUGGACAAAGAAAAAUACACAUCUUCAAUGAUGGCAACCUUAAAUAGAUAUCAUGCCCAUUCAUCAUAUCCUACACUACCCCACCACUUACAACAUCCCAGCUUUCCUAAUCAUCUUACAUCAUCUUCCACAACUCAUCCCUACCAACAUCCCCUCGUUUCAUACAGUGGAUUUCUAGAUUCUUCUAUGGACAAUAGCCUUUCUUACACAGAUAACAACAGUGAUAUGAUCCGAGGAGGUGGUAAAAGUGGAUCAAAUGCCCAGAGUGGCAACAAUGGAGGCAACAUCAUCAAUAAUAAUGACAAUAACAACACUCCCACUUCAAAUGCAAACAACAGUAGUUCGCAAACACUAGGAGGAGGCAUUCCGUGUUCAGCGUCAGGAUUGGGCAAUUUCGGCUAUAAUACAAACAGUCCUCAGACAACUGCUUCAACUUUAGCUGCAGUUGCAGCAGCAGCUGCUGGAAAUGGUCAGGGUCCUGGUUCGUGUACAGGAAUGGGUAUGGGUAAUUUCAGGUACCCACCUCCUCCUGGAGGGCAUGGCCUUUUAUCUGCUGCUGCCGCCGCCGCGGUUGCAGCAGCGGUAGCAGCAGCAGCCGCAGCUAAUCGGCCUGGUGGUGGUCCUGGCACUGGGGUCGGAAGUGGAACACAUCACCUCAUGGCUGCUGCAGCAGCAGCAUCAGGUGCAGGAGCUGCUCUGACUGGCGUCGGUGCCGGAAGUGGUUCUGCCAGUAGUGGCAGCAUGACAUUCCAUAGCAGCAAGUUUAAGGAAAGGUAUUCUUGUAAAUACUGUGGCAAAAUAUUCCCCAGGUCGGCAAACUUAACCAGACACUUACGUACACACACCGGAGAACAGCCAUACAAAUGUAAAUUUUGUGAACGCUCUUUUAGCAUUUCCUCUAAUUUACAACGCCAUGUUCGAAAUAUUCAUAAUAGGGAACGUCCUUUCCGGUGCACAUUGUGCGGCAAAAGUUUUGGUCAACAAACAAAUUUAGACCGACACGUUAAAAAACAUGAAAUACAAGGACCAAAUGUGACAGACUCACCUAUUCAUGGUAAUAAUAAUGGCGAUAUUAGUUUCAGUGAAGAGGUGAAUUUAUCUAAGAGUUCAAAUAAUGAUGACAUAUUAACGAACCGAUUAAGUUUUGAUGAAGACUUUAGUAUUAAGAAAGAUACUAACGAAAAUGACCUCAGAAUUAGACGAGAUUCGAACAAUGAUAACCGGUUGUCCAGGAAGAGCAUUAUUAGUGAUAAUUUUAUCAACAGAAAAAAUACAAGUCAUGGCAGCUUUAAGGAAGAGUUGUUGAGCAAAACAGGAAUAGACAUUGGGAAAAACUACAGUAACAACAACUAUGUUAUUUCAAGACUAACCAGCAGCAAGAACAGUGAUAUUAAAACCAAACCACCAGGUGACAAUACAUUUAAUGAUCAAAAAGGUGAUAUUUUUAUUGCAGGAAACUAUGGCACAAACAAAAGCGAUAUAAACUAUUUAGAUAGAAAUAUGGCUAGAUAUCUUGAUAGUAACCAUUGUAUCGAUCUUGUUGUUAACAAAAAUUCUUCAAGUAGCAAGGAGUUCUCCAGACGAAAUAUCGAUGAAAAUGAUAUUAUAAUACGAGACGAUCCUUACACCAUUAACAACGUUGCCAAAGCUGAUUCUAAAUUUUCUCCCAGGACAUCGAAUCAACCAGUUUCUGGUUUUGGUGAAAAGCCACUUGACGAAAGAUUCCACGGACAAAAUAGAAGAAAUUAUAUCGGUGACGUUGAUAAUCGUGAUGAAGGUGAGAAUAAGGAAGAAGGUGGCAUUGCCCAAAACGAUGAAAAAGACAUUAAAUAUAGCAAAGACAAGGAUUGGGCGGAUGAUUAUACCAACGAAACUGCUGAGAAAAGUUAUGAGUAUGAAGGUAAAGUGAAAUCUUCGUUCUAUACUGAAAAUAACAAAAGUAUUGCAAAACUUUGGAAAAACACAAUCGACGAAGAAGAAAACUGUGAUUUUGAUAGAAACGCUAUUAAGGAAGAAGAUGACCUUAAUGAAAAUAUAUUGACAAAAAAUAUUAACAAACAUGGCACAAACAUUCCCAGUUUGUCUGCUAUGGGUGACAGUAAUUCAAAGACUUCUAAUAAAACGAAAAAAAUUAACCAUGAAGUUACCGAAAACUUGUAUGAUUCCCCCGAAAAAUCAAACGACAGGUUCCGAAAUAUCGAACCCGAAGGAGAAAAUGAUCUUUUUGAAAAAGGAAGCAUAAAAGUGAUUGAAGGAGUCGAUAUUAAAUCUGAGACAAACAACAGCAGUGAAGGUUCUGCUAAAGUUGCUAACGAUGCUGAAAUGAGUCAUGAAAAUACAAUCAGAAACUUUACAUUCAGUGCUAGUGAGAAAAACCAAGACGAAAACGUCAAUAAAAAUGAUGAUGAUAGUAUAGUAUCUGCAGAAAAAUGGUCUAACGGUAGUCAUGGAAGUAGUGGAGUCGGUGGUUCUUUUCCAAACACCACCUUGAAACGUGACUUCAAAUCUACUUCUGUGACUGCCUCAAUUUCUCCUACCCCGCUUUCUACAGCGAAUAACAAUAAUAAUAAUAAUUGCAAUUUUACUGCAGAUCACGUUGCUGUUACCACAACUGCAGCACAUACUACUACUAUUGGUAACGCUACUACUACGACCACUACUACUAGAAUUAGCAGUAGCAAUGGUGGAAGAAGCAAAAAUAAUCUUUUUAUUGCUGACAACUUCAAGAGCGAUUUUAGUGGCAAUCAAGGCAGAGACAAUGUUAAAGUUCCUAACAAAACAGAAAGAAUGAAAAGAAGAAAUGUUAGUGAUGAUUAUGAAGAAGAAAACGAUGAUGGUGAAGAGGAUGAGGAAGAAGAAGAGGAUGAGGAAGUCAAUGAAGAUGAUGAAGACGAUGGAGAU